AUGAAUAAUUUAUUUAGAAGUAUUAUUAGUAAUAAAGAACUUAAGGACGAAUCAAAUAAAGGAUCUAUUAUACUGCAUUUUGAAGAAAGACUCAAAGAAUUUCAUUCAGAAUUUAUAGACAAAGAUGAAAAAGUUAUCAGUUCUAACUAUGUAGCUGACAGAUUAUUAUCUAGUAUGGAAAGCCUUUUUUUACAUGGUCUCAAAGAGUCCUUCAUUAGUAAACUGUCUACUGUAAUAGGUGAUGAUGUUGAUAGAAAUACAGAUAUUAAUUUUUGGCACUGUUUAUUAGUUAUUUCUCCAAAUGGUAUUGUUGAUCAGAUAAAUUCAUUGAAGCAUGUAACAACAGAUGUUGGUAAGUGUCGAGCUUGGAUACGGACUACAUUGAAUGAUGGAGUAUUCCGAAGUUAUCUGAUGUCAGUUGCAAAAUAUCGAAGAUAUAUCAUAAAAUUUUACAAUAAAAAAGCAAUAAUACGAGAUCAUGCAUCUUUUGAAAAAAUUAUUGGCCUCAUGGAAGGAAUUGAUGCAUACAAUUUUGAUCUUACUUUGAACUCUAGUCUUUUAAAUACUUGGCCUAAUGGUACAUUGUUACUUGCUGGUUAUUGGACCCCAGCCCUUAAAAAUAAUCCUUUAUACAAUAAUAAUCCUCAGCUAGCAGAAGUUGCAGAUGUAAAUGAUACAGAAGAGGCAAUUUUAAUUAAUGAUAAUAAUAGAUCAGAAGAAAGUUACGCAUCAUCAUUGUCAUCGUCAUAUGUUGAUUCUGAAUUCAUACGUAAACCAUUAGUACUAAUUGAUGAAGAUUUAGGUUGGAAUUUAAUUAUGAAACAGCAUGCUUCAUCUUUUAUAAAAUCAAACUCUUCUAAUGAUUUUAACAGCUCCAAUGAAACUUCAAAAACACAGACUUCUUUUGUUAAAAUACUUGUUACAGAUAGUAAUGAAACUGAGAAACCUUCUGAAGAUGAAAGCCUAAUGAAUCCUUCUGAUCGCGUUGAAAAACCUGAAAAUUCUUUAAAUACAGAAGUAGCUUCUGAGAUUGAAACUACUCAAAGCUUUAAUGACUUAUUAGAAUCUUAUAACUUGAGAAUAAAAAAUUCUUCCGAGAGCCCUAAAGUUGACGAGUUAUAUAAACAACUAACCUUUAAAAAAAUUAUUGAAGAACAACAAUAUAAUAGUCCUGAUACCCUAGGUGAAGAUGAUGAUUCAUUUAUUCAAGUUUCCAUGCAUCCUGAAAAACUAAGUUUAGAGAUGUUAAAGUUAUACUUAGAAUAUUUGUUUACUCCAGCUCAAGAAAGUGGCCUUAAUUCUCAAGAUUUUACAUGUAAAAAUUGCAAUGAAACAAUUGGUAUUGAUUUUGGCAACUAUUUUAAGUGCAACUUCACAGCAUGCUAUUAUUGUGUACAUUGUUUUGGGUCAGAAAUGUGGCCUAUUCCAUCUAAAAUAUUACUUGAUUGGGAUUUCAACAAUUAUCAAGUAUGCAACAGUACAGCAAAGUUUCUUAGUGAAAUACAAUAUCAUCCACUUUUCAACAUUCGCAGUAUUGAUAAAAAACUAUAUAAAAUCAAUAAAGAAAUGACAAAAAUUAAGGAAUUGCGUUGGCAAAUUUAUUAUUUGUAUCGAUACUUAACCACAUGCAAACUUUGCAACAUUGAAAAUUUAUCCAAAGAUAUUUGGCCUCGUAUUUAUUUUUACAAUAAUAUACAUUUAUAUUCAUUCGCAGACCUUCAAGAAAUAUACACCGGUACAUUGUUUGAAUUUCUUGAACAAAAAAUUGCAUCUAACAGGGAACAUAUUUACAAUUGUCAAAUAUGCAGUCAAAGAGGAUUCAUUUGUGAAUUAUGUCAAGAUCCAAAAAUAAUAUAUCCAUUUGAUAUUGCUGAUAACUAUAGAUGUCGCCAAUGCAAAGCUGUAUUUCAUCGAAAAUGUUAUAAGGAAGCUAAAUUAUGUCCAAAAUGCGCUAGAGAUAAAACUCGCUCAGAAAAAAAGGCAUUUGAUAAUGACAAUAAAGAACCAAGCUUGUAAUUUACUCAUUUUUAUAAAUGUCAAUGCUGUAUAGCAUUAUCAUUAAAAUAUUUCAUUAUUUUAUUGUGAUAAUUAUACCAUUCUUGUUAUAUUCUUUUGGUGCACAAUGUUGUUAAUUUUUUAAAUGGUAAUAUUAUUUAUAAAUGGUAG